GACUGGACUUGGGCACAUCCGGAAGUGAUAACAAGAAUGAAAUUAAUCAGUUUUUCCUCGUUUUGCCAACUACGCUCAUCAUAAAACGCAGACUGGGAUUUUGGACUUCGGGUUUUUUUGUCUAGAAUAUGCCUGUUAAGCCGUCUCAAUGAAUAAACUGCGCAGAAAACAUUGAAAGUCCGGCGCAAAGGGCAGUGGCCGAUUAAUUUGUGCGGCUACGUCCUGUCAAAGGAGACGAGCUUAAGGCAACGCUCGCUCACCACAGGACUACAUAAAGUAGAUCUAUGAGACGGUGAAUCAUGAGACUGACAGCCCCCCUGCGAGGUGUGGUGGUUGUGCUCCUGGUGGGCUUCACCUGGCUGCUCGCAAGCGCAUUAUUUGGAGGAGACAGCAGUUUAUCUGUGCGAAACAUCUUCACUGAAAACCUGUUAAUAUUUUCAGGCACAAAAGAAGAGCCAACCCAAUCUGAACCGCGUCCUCGGAAGUACAAAUGUGGACUUUCAGCACCCUGUCCUCCAAAGCAUUUGGCUUUCCGUCUGGUGUCUGGAGCUGCAAACGUCAUUGGCCCAAAAAUUUGUUUGGAGGAUAAGAUGUUAAUGAGCAGUGUGAAGAACAACGUUGGUAGAGGACUUAAUAUAGCUUUGGUGAAUGGGGUGACAGGUGAACUAUUGGAGACCAGAGCCUUUGAUAUGUGGGCAGGAGAUGUGUCCGACUUAUUGAAGUUUCUGCGGCCCCUUCAUGAAGGAACACUUGUGUUUGUUGCUUCCUUUGAUGAUGCUGCUACAAAACUUAAUGAUGAGUCUAGACGUUUGUUUGAGGAGCUCGGUAGUACAGCUGUGAAGGAGCUGGCCUUCAGAGACAGCUGGGUGUUUGUUGGAGCCAAGGGCAUCGAGAACAAGAGUCCCUUCGAGCAGCGUAUGAAGAACAGUAAGAGCAGCAACAAGUAUGAAGGCUGGCCCGAGUCCCUGGAGAUGGACGGUUGUAUUCCCCUGCGGCCGCCACUUGAAGGUUAAUUCUGCUUCAGAUAGUCUCUCAGACGUCACAGCAACGUCUGAAGUCUCAGCAGGGAAACAAAGUGACUGCAGAAGGCCUACAAGCUUCUGAAUACCUGAAGCUCUUCACAGGAUACACAAGUAAUAUUUUCUUUUGUCCUGCUUUGGAAAAAGGAAUAAACUGAAUGUACAGAUUA